GGCCAAUCAACGGAGGCCCACGAGUUUGCGGAAGAUGGACGCGAAGGAGCACGUCGACGAAGCGCUUGAGGCCGCGCUGGCGCAGGCAGAAGCCUUCAAGGCCCAGGGCAACGACGCGCUCAAGGAAAAGAACUAUGUCGAGGCUAUCCGCCUCUACACGUGCGCUCUGCAGCUGGACCCGACGAACGCCGUGUACCUGAGCAACCGCAGCGCCGCCCACUUGGCCAACGACUCGAAGACCAAGGCCUUGCGCGACGCCGAGGCCUGUAUCGCCGCUAAGCCCGAGUGGUGGAAGGGCUACAUCCGCAAGGGCGCUGCCGAGCAUGCGCUUGGUCGCUUCGACAUUGCGCAGAGCACGUACUUUCGUGGGCUCGAGAAGGACCCGGGCAACGCGUCGCUGGCGCAGGCAAUCGAGGACGUGCGCAAGGUCGCCGACGAACACACGCAGCGACUGCGCCAGGAGAACGCCGAGCGAGAGGCUAUUCGUCUCAAGCGCGAGGAAGAAGAGGCGGCCAAGAAGGCCGAAGAAGACCUCCUCGCGUCCUUCAUGAACGAAGUCGACGAGCUCGAAGACCAAGCCAACACGGUCAAGAAGCCAGAAGAAGCUCCGCGCGAGAAGAAGAUUGUCGACUUUUUUGACGCCGACUUUCAGAUCAAGCGCCUCUUGCAGCCCCAUCAUGAAUGGAUCAACCUCAACCCGUUCUUUGUGCUCAUGCUCGAGACGGACGCGACUGACGAAGACAUCAAGCAGCACUACCGCAAGCUCUCGGGCAUGGUGCAUCCGGACAAGUGCCCCGACCCGCGCGCCCGCGAAGCGUUUGAAGAAAUCAAAAAGGCCCAUGACCAAAUGCUCAACGAAGACCGGCGCAAGCUCUGUGUUCGCACAAUCGAAAACGCCAUCAGCGAAGCCGAGGCCGAGCGACGAAAGAAGCUCAAGAAGUUCAAGGCCAAGGACCUCCCGCCUCUCGACGAGGUCAAGGAGAAGGCGGUCAUGAAGGCGUUUGCUGAAAUUGAGAAUCGCCGCCGCAACUUUGAGGCGCGGGAGGCCGCCCAGCGCCGUCGCGAAGCCGACCAAGAGGACGAAGCCAAGGAAAAGGAACGCGCCGUGUACCAGCACGACAAGGACUGGUCGCAGAACGACCGGCGCGAGAAGCGCAUGGGCAAUUGGACUGAGUUUCAAGUCGACGGGAAGAAGGCCAAGACACUCAACGUCGGCGCGGGCUGGGCGCCUGAGAAGCGCAAGGACGGCAAGAAGUUUGGCGUCAUCGAGAGCGACGAGUACAAGAAAAAAUGGAAGUAAGAGCCAACGCAACACACGACGUCUUUGCCCUGCC